GAGGUCUGCUCUCUAUUUACAUGUGACAGUUUCUGUAAGAAACGAGUUUGUGAUGCAAUGGCAGCGGUGAUCAGGAGACACGAAAGAGAGAAGUUUUGUGUGUUUAUUUUGCAGGAAUAGCAAUGCAAAGGCAAUUCCCCUUUCUUUGUUUUUUGGAUCCUUUUCCCCCAAAUAAUGUACAGGAAGAGGCUCAAGAUGUUUGGGGUUUUUUUUUUGCGUUCAUGAAAACUGCAGCUAAGAACGAACCCUAACCAUUCCCACAUACAGGGGCAAGUAGAAGCUUGCCUGGUUGUCAUUGGUGACCCAACUGGGUUAUGCUGGGAGGAGGCUCCUAAGGAGAACUUUUCUGCCCUCCCUCACCUCUAAAAUUGAGCCCUGGGAUUAUCUGGCCUUGGGGUGGGCUUGGUGGUCUUUUCCGAAGGCUUUGGAUCGUGUCUUUCCGCUGGAUCUGGAUCAAAGAUUUGGAGCCACUUUCCAUGACACCCACCUGCGUGAUGUUCUACAGAUCGCCUUCAGCCAUGUCGCCACCUUCCAAAAACCGAUUCAAGCGACAAAGCCGGAUCUUCUCCCAGGUCUUGUACCGGACCCUAAGCUACAAGGAUCGCAGCUCGGUGGCCACUUAUUCGGGGUCAAGCAAGGAGGAUCCGUCGGAACUGUCCACCCAGGUCUCGGCCCCGGGAGUCCUCAAGAUCUUUGGAUGUCAUGUCUGUGUGGGGACUCACUACAAGAGUGUCUUGGCCACGGCCAGCUCGUGUGCCCAGGAGCUGCUGAAAGAAGCUCUUGAGCGGUACGGACUCAGCAGGGUGGAUGUGGGCCGUUACGCUCUCUGCGAUGUCGUUGGGACGUUUGCUGGCUCGGAAAAGCAGUGGAAGACGGAAGGCUUGAGAAUCCUGAGGGACCACGAGAAACCUCUUUUGAUCCAGGAGCUUUGGAAGCCCCGGGAAGGUUUCUCUCGGAGGUUUGAGCUUCGGAAGAGGUCCGAAGUGGAGGAGAUGACGGCCGAGGACAAGGACACCAUCACAGCAGGAAUUAAUGCCCAGGCUCGGAAGCUCCAGCGCAACCGGACCAAAGGCACCAUGACCCUCUUGGCAGCUUGCCAUACUUCGCCCCCCAGCCUUAGGCGCACUGUCAGCGAGACCAGCCUUAGCCAAGCAGGCCUCCCGGAGGACCAGAAAAAGGAGGGGCCUCUUCGGCGGCACUACUCCACACUGCCGGAGACCCUCCGAUGCAUGGAGGGGGUGCCAGACGGGCGGGCAUCUGCCGCCACUGAAGAGGCAAACGGAAGCAGCACCUUGAGGCUCUCCCUCUAUCAGUCCCCACAUCUUCUGCUCCUGCAGGGAUACAGCCAGCAACAUGACAGUCUGGUGUACCUGUUGAACCGCGAGCAGCACACAGUUGGCCAAAGGACUCAAGCCAGCAAGCCAAGUAUUAGCCUUUCGGCACCGGACAUCCUUCCUCUCCAUUGUUCCAUCCGGCGGGUGAAGCUGCCCAGCCGUUCUCACCACCGCUCCGAAGAGAGACUCAUCUUGGAACCCAUCCCUGGCGCCAGCGUCUCCAUCAACUUCUCCGAGGUGGGAAAGACGGUGGUCCUCCGUCACGGGGACCUCAUCUCCCUUGGCCUCUCCUACUUGUUCCUCUACAAGGACCCUCUGAAAACUCAGCUGCUGCCCACCCAGACGCUGGUGAGGCUGAAAGCCCUGCGCCGGGCUUCUGAAGCUGAGCUGUCAUCCACCUGCAAGAUGUGUGGCACCCAUUUCAAAGACAAGGCCUCUUCUUCUUCCAAAAAGCAGGAUGUCCAGUCCUACUCUGGCCGGAAGAACGGCCGGAGAAAGCUACAGCUGGAGUUUGACAAGGCCAACGAAGAUCUCUUGCUGAGAAGAGUCAUGACGCUCAUCGAACCCACAGGAGAUGACCACAAGUUGGCGCCGGCCUUUUUACUGUGUCUCUGCAUCCAGCACUCGGCCACCCGUUUUCGGCUGGGAGACUUUGGGCAGCUGCUCCUCAAGGCAACGAAAAUGAUCCAGAGGAGCGUGUGGGAGAAAACAAACGAGCUUGCAGAGAAACAAUCCUUACACCAGGAUCCAGCGUCGCUUUCCCGCUUUACCAUCACAGACCUUCUCCCCGACCUUCAGCAUGUGCUUUUCUGGAUGUCCAACUCCAUCGAAAUCCUGUAUUUCAUUCAGCAGAAAUCCCCCGUUUACAUCCAGAACAUGGAAGAAGAGCUGGACAUCAAGGGUUCCAAGGAAUCCCUCUUCUCCUUGACCAUCACAGCCAGUGAGGAAGCCAUGACAGUUCUUGAGGAAGUGAUCAUGUACACCUUUCAGCAGUGUGUUUAUUACAUCUCCAAGUCCCUUUAUGUGGCUUUGCCCCCGUUAUUGGAGUGUAACCCCUUUCAAAGUGAAGGCCAGGAUGGCUGGGUCUCCUCUCCUCAGUUGCCCAAGGAAAUCCGCAAAGUGGUUCUGAUUUACCAAGCCGCCCUGGACCUUCUCCAUCAGUACGAUGUCCAUCCUGAAGUCACCUCCCAGAUGUUUGCCUACCUCUUCUUCUUCUCCAACACCCUCCUCUUCAACCAGCUCAUGGAAAAAGGUUCUUCUCUGGGCUGUUUCCACUGGUCGAAAGGGGUCAGGAUACGGGCUACCUUACAUCUCCUUCUGGAAUGGGCCCAGAGCGUGGGCCUGGGGCCGUUAGCUGACCAGUUCUUCAUCAAGCUCUCCAGCAUCGCCAGCCUGUUAGCCAUGCCAAAUUCUCAGCUGCUGCAGAUGACCUGGCCAGUUUUGAGAAGUGAAUUUCCUGCCUUGAACGCAGCACAGCUCCAUCACAUUUUGAUGCAGUACCAGACUUCAUCUGCCAUGGGGUGUGUCUCUGCAUGGCAACCCAGCAACAGUGAUGCUCUUGCAGCUGUGAGGACAGAUGACAUUAUGGAAUCUUUUGAUAACCAUCCACCCAUCAUGCUGCCCACUGGAGGGUUCAAGGUGGACCUGGAGACCGAUCAUCUUGAUGACAAUGUCUACCGCCACCUUCUGUACAUCCGCCAUUUCCUGUGGAGCCUACGCAGCAAAAGUCCCCACUCCAGUGACUCUCUGGAGGCAGAACCCCCAAAGACGGAAACAAUCAGCUGCCAAGUGACCCCUCCAGCAGAGUCUGAGACAAUAGUUGGAUCAGUUGAGAGUGCCUUUGACUGGACAAAUGGCAGGCAGAUGAUGAACUGUGAGAAGCUAAAGAUGGGGGAGAACGUCUCCCAGGUCACUGGGACCAACCUAUCCAUCCCAGACUAUGGGACUGGUGAAACACAGCUAGCUAAGACCCUCCAACAGCACCAUCUUGAGAGACCAAAGGGGAAGAACGGGACUAAGGCGGUCACUGUGUCCAUGGACUCUUCUUGUUUGCUGACCCCGCCCAACACACCCCUAAUCUUUGACUCCAUUGGUCGGGAAUUGUCCCCAGAAACUACUCCUGGGAAGGACAUCCCAGAGCCUCGGAGGAAUGGACUCAAUGGCACCAAAACCCCAAUCCAGGAAGGAUCUUCUCCCACGCCCUACGACUUUCCUACUCCGGCUUCUUCGAAUCGCAGCUCAGCCACUGAUGAUUUUUGCUACGUCUUUGUGGUGGAACUGGAAAAGGGGCCCAUCGGUUUGGGGAUGGGGCUGAUCGACGGCUUGCAUACCCCUUUAAGUUCUCCUGGGAUCUACAUUCGGACUUUGAUCCAAGACAGCCCAGCAGCAGCAGAUGGCAGACUCUCCAUUGGGGACCGCAUCCUUGCUGUUAACGGCACAAGCCUCAUUGGCUCUCAUUACCAGAGCGCUGUAGACCUCAUUCGAUCUGGGGGGAAGAAACUGCGCUUCCUGGUGGCCAAGUCUGAUCUGGAAGUCGCCAAGAAGAUCAGCUAUAGUUCUUCCCCUUCUCCGUAAAAAAAAAAACCUGGUCAAAAGCAUCCUUCGGCAUUCAUCUACCGUUGAAGGUUCUCAAGGGUAGCGGAGUAAGCUUGGUAGGACCAUCAGCAGUCGACACACUGGGAAGUUCAGAACGCUGCCUGGAGUUGCAAUUGGUCAAUUUGUGUGUAUGUGUGGGGAGGGGGGCACAGCGUCAUGGUAUCCUGAGACCCAGAGGUUUCCCACCAAGUGCCCCAGUACUGACUACAAAGCAUUUUUCAAUAGGACAUGAAAAAGUUGAUCUUCUAGCAACUUCCAAGUACUGGAAUUCAGAACAAGCUAACCCCUCCUUGCUUUGCUUUGCAGUGAAUUCCAUCUGUGUCACACAGUCCUUUUAAUACAAAGUUUGCAAGGUUCCCAGCUGGUUACUUGGGAUCUGCUGCUGCUAAGGACUUCACUGGUUGCAGAUAUCUUGCCCACUGUACCAAUUGAUGUUUGUUGCAAUGACUGAUCAAGUGAACGGACUUUAAGGAUACAGUACUGAUACGGACUUUAAGGAUACAGCCCUUGGAGGCUCUGAAGCUUUCAGUUCUGGUUUUUGCCCUAAUGGUCUCUGUAUUCAGCUCAGAAUGGUCUGGAACCAGCUGCCUGCUGCGGGGUGUGGAAAUCAAAUUAGGAGCAUUUUAACGAGGUUUGGGAAAUAAUAAUUGCAUGCCGGUAACCAAAGAUGGAUGCUUUAUAAAAACAUUCCCUUCCUCCGGUUAAGUAAGAAGGGAAUGUUGCUAUGUACGUAAGGGAAAAUGGGCUAUUUAAACAAAAAUAGAAUGGGCGGUUUUCUCUUGCUAGUAUGGCUACUUUGCAUACAGGAUUUCUCUCUUUGGAUCAUCCGUGGGAUAAACCAAAAGCAAUAAGAAGGAUAGCUCUGAAAAAUGACGUCACAGGAAUUCUGAGUUGGGAUUAGAGUUGGAUGAAGACCCCUCCUGGUUGAUCAUUCUUAAUUUAGCCAAUCUCACAGGGCUUUCCAGUAAAGUUAUCGUAUCUGAGAGUGUACAUGAUGAUGUAGAUUGCUACCUAAAGUCACUUGAGAUUGGAGAAAAAAAAGACAGACAGAAAGAAAAAAGAGGGAAGGAAAGAAGGAAGGAAAGAAAGAGAAAGAAGAGGGAAGAAAGGGAAAGAAAGAGGAAGGAAGGAAAGAGAGAAAAGAGAAAAAGAUAAAUUUGGGCUGCACUAAUCGAGAUUACCACUAGACGGCAGCAGAUACACAACACAGUAAAUCUCUGCUGCCAUCCAGUGGCUGUCCAGAGUGCAGCAGUCAGCCUUCUGGUACAGGAGCAGAAGGCUGCCUUCUAAUGUCACCUGCUUUGAUCAGGACAUUCCAUUUGGGGGCUUCUCAGACCGAACUCAUUGAUGAGCUUCGCCAGCGUCUGAAAGACAAGCGGCCAACGCCUGGGCAGGUGAUGACAUUCAAGUAUGACUAGACUCAAAUUCAAAGAUUUUCCUCUUAGGAACAUCAGAUGGUUCGAAUUGCUGAGGACCAACAGCCAAGAGCCUCGCUCGGCUCUUCCAACCGUCUAUGGAUGCCAAGACCAACAAUCGGGUGGCUGCCACUUUGGCGAGGCCGUGCUGCCCCCUGCUGGGCUGCCGAGUCCCUUUGCAAUCCAAAAGGGGAGGCUGGGGAAGAGCUUCCAACCCAGACAAAGGCAGACAGGAUUGGUGGCCAGUAGUAACGCUGCAAAAAUAAUUCCUGAAAUAAAGUGGGUUUUAAUUGCUUAGCUACCCACUCUCUUCCGGGCUGCUUGCCAAGGACUGCAGGAGAAGUAGAAAAUUAAGAUCGUGGCAUCGAAAAGGUCAGCGUUGCCCAAUCGUGGUGCUUCCCAGAUGCUUGCUUGAAGGCGCCAAAAUCUUCAAGAUCAGGAGAUCAGUGCUACUUGGGGCCUGGCCUGGCAAGCAGCUGGGGAGGAUGGGUUGGGGAACAUUGGAAGAAUAUAAUCUCAACGUGUGAUCUGAUAGGUGGAGGAAACCAGAGUUGGCCCAGGGAUCCUCCUCAAGACAUCAAAUUCACCUGUUCUACUGGCUUACAAAAUCCAUCUGCACUACUGGCUUGAAAAAAAAAAGACCCAUAGAAGUGGAUGAUGGUCUAAAAUGGUGUUGGCAAUCCUCCAAAUUUGCUGGGUAUUUUGUUCUUUCCAGCCCUUCAGCCAAGCUAAGGGUUGUUUUGUUCCAUGCUAAUGCCAUGUUCUUUGUAGGCCUGCAAUCGAUUGCCUAUCUCUUCUAUUGAUCUCCAGCGAACAAAAAUUUGGGAGGAUCUAUGUGGCUCUCCCACUGUUCCUGAAUCACAGAUUCCAUCCCCUCCCUCAUAGAUCUGAUGACACUGACAGAACAAGAUCCAGAGGGUCAACCGAUUGAUUGUGAACUUCCUCAUAAGCACAAAGUCCUUCUGCUUCUAAGGACACAUGAGGAAGAGAAGUAGUACCCUUACGUACCACCAUAAUAAACCAGGGGUGUCUCCAACCUUGGCAACUUUUAAGACUUGUGCACUUCAGUGCCCAGAAUUCCUGGCUGGCUGUGGAAUUCUGGGUCUUGGAAGUCUGCAAGUCUUCAAGUUGCCAAGGUUGGAGACCCCUGCCAUCAACCAUGAAUGCCUCUGCCUGGGCAAAUUCCUCCACCAUUUCCUGAAAGCUGAAGAGGGAGAUAAAAGAGGUUGCCACUCAUUUUCCAGAGAAUGUGAAUCUUUGGCUUGUAAGAAUUAAGGGCAGCUGCCUUUUUGCGUUUGUGUUUCUUCAUCUGCUCUGUGUCAACGCUGCAAAUACUGUAUAUUCUUGCUUUGACAAAAUAUGCAAAACUGUCUGGUAUUUUGAGAGUUAAUGCAGAGCAGAGGAGGGAGGAGGGAAAAGCCCGGGAAACAGAAGGGAAGUGAAUCUUUGCCCUUCAAGUUAAUUGGAAGAUGUGAAUUAUAACCCCAAAAUAAGGGAGGGAAAAUGCCUGGAAUGUUAUUAGUCAGACACAUGACACUCUGCAUCUUGCAGGUGGGUGGGGAAUGUAUAUAAUUCUAAUACUGCAAAGGACUCUAGUGGGCGGAUUCGAACCGUUCCCUUCUGUGUCUAAAGACGGGAUGAAGUAAAAUAAGAACAUCACA